AUGCAUCCUGGCAGUUUUAAUCACAAAACAAAACUUUUGACUUUACUAUUGUAUCGUGUGACCUCAAAGUUAUCAUCCAUGGCUUAUGCUCUUUCUGUUAAAGCUUCCCUAGUCCUCAGUUUCUUUGUAGUAGCUUUUGCUGGAAAUUUUUACCAAGAUUUUGAUAUCACGUUUGGUGAUGGACGUGCACAAAUACUUCAAAAUGGGAAACUUCUCACUUUAUCACUUGAUAAAACUUCUGGCUCAGGAUUUAGGUCUAAGAACCAAUAUCUAUUCGGAAAGAUUGACAUCCAGAUGAAGCUUGUGCCCGGAAAUUCAGCUGGCACUGUCACUACAUACUAUUUAUCUUCAAUAGGGAGCAAUCAUGAUGAGAUUGACUUUGAGUUUCUUGGUAAUUUAAGCGGAGAGCCUUAUAUUCUCCACACCAAUGUAUACACACAAGGAAAGGGAGGCAGAGAACAGCAAUUUUAUCUUUGGUUCGACCCCACCAAGGGCUUCCACACCUAUACCAUCCUAUGGAACCCUCGAAGCAUUAUCUUUUCUGUCGAUGGGACUCCAAUAAGGCAAUUCAAGAACUUGGAAUCUAGUGGCAUCCCGUACCCAAAAGACCAGCCAAUGUGGAUGUAUUCUAGCUUGUGGGAUGCAGAAGAUUGGGCUACUAGAGGGGGUUUGGUGAAGACUGAUUGGAGCCAAGCCCCAUUCAUAGCUUCCUAUCAAAAUUAUAAUGCUCAAGCUUGCAUAUGGUCUUCAGGUUCCUCUACUUCUUCUUGCAGCAAUAGUAAUUCAUCUGCAAAUUCCUGGCUAACUGAAUCCUUGGACAGUUCUGGUUUGGAACGAAUUAAUUGGGUGCAAAAGAACUACAUGAUUUACAACUAUUGCACAGACAAAAGCCGCUUUCCUCAAGGAUUUCCUCACGAGUGCUCACUCUAGUCUGAUUUUUGUUCUUUUUUGUUUUUUUUUUAUUUGUAAACUUUGUUCUUGGAAUUCCAUAUUGUGUAAAAUUGAUAAUAAACGUCCCUGAAAUGUUGUCAUCCAGGAAAAAAACGAAAAAGAGAAAAAAUUUAUGUGGUUGC